UGAUAAAAUAAAUUCUGAUUUAUCUAGGAGACAUGUUUUAUCAUUUGAUCCAAUUUGAAAACAAGGAAACUUCCUCAAUGGUAGAAAACUUGAUAGAAGUUUCUUCAUUCUCGACGUUCAUAACAUUCCGACGUAAUCUUUCACCAUCCCAAGCUGUCCUUUGCCGAAGACAAUGAUUAAUCUAGCAAUUCACUACAACAAUUUGGGAGUUGAUACUCUAUGCGGCAGAUGCAAUCCAAACAACACCAGUGGCGGAAACGGUGAUAAAUAUAGGCAAGCUUCAAACGAAUACGAGCUUCAGCCACGACACUGUCCUGGAAGCAAUAUCGAUGUGCGGGAUGAGCAAUCGGGAGAACCCGUUAGAAAACGCCGCAAAUGUAUGAUCGAUGUCGAGUUUCAAGCUAAACGCACUAUCAAUGGGGAAGAGAAGACUAUUCACCAAAUAGAUAGUGCUCUUGCGCUCUUUCAAAAAGCCCUAGCAUUCAUCGUCCAGAACACCGAAUUGGCUUAUCUUCAAAACGGAUUGAAGUAUCACCCCAACGACGACGAAGGCUUUUUACGCUACGAAAAUGAAAAUGUACGGAGACAAAUCAUUUCGAGCACAAAUCCGUGCGAUACAGGAAUUUCCCUUAAGGGAGAGUCGAGUUGCAGCAAGCAAUACAUUUAUUGGAAGGCCAUAAAAAUCGGGAACGAAGACAUCAUCGAUUUGAAAUACACGAACCAGCAGCGUUGUCAGAAAGGACACCAUAGUUGCGGGAAUAAUCACAAUCGUGGCCGACAAGAGCCUAGACCUCAAGGUGAAUACGAGGCUCUCACGAAAUCAAUAUAUCAUUCUAUGAUUUGCAUCUUCAAUAUUGGUCUAUGCUACCAAUACAAAGGUAUGACCGCCAAGGCCGAGCAGAUGAAACUCAUGGCGAAUUAUGCGAAUCCCUUUGCCUUUGGCUUCAACAAUAAUUACUACGAUUUCUUGAAUGCAUCCAUCGACCACUACACACAAGCCUACGAGCUUAUGACUCGAUUCCGAUUGGAAGACACCUCACAGUACACCUUUUUGAUGGCCAUGAUGAACAAUUUGGCUGCCACCUACGGAUCUCUUGGACAGACUUCCAAGGUCAACAUCUGUAAUCGAUGUUUGGUCCAGUCGUUGAUUUUGGUCAUUUGCUCAAGUGAGCGUGACGGACAUUUGGGACAGGAAGUCUUGUCUCGAACCGAGACCAAAUCUGUACUACGGAAGGAGGAAGAUCGAACGACAUUUGAAUCUUUCCUUUCGAAUGUCAUGUAUCUUAUGCUGGGCGACGGACCUAACGGCGACCAGCGGUAUAGCGGCAAUACUGUAGCGGAGGCCGCAUAGACGACCUAUCAAAGAGGCAUAGCCGAUAGAUGGUAAUGGUUCGCCUUGACGCCAAUCAUGAGCAUUUAUCUGACUUUUUUGCAAUUAGUUUCUCAUAAUUUAUAACAUAAAAUCGAAUUGAAUUA